AAUUGAGAAAGGAUCAGAACAGAGUGUUGUUCAGCCCGACGACGGGCCCUUCUUACUGUUUCUUCUUCCUGAUUCCAAUCCGACUAAACCCUUCUCCUCCAUCAGCUAAAUUCCUCACUCUUUUCUUCUUUUUCUGAGGGCUCUUUCAACUCUUCUGGCGGUUUAAUCUCAGUUUCACUAAUCAUAAUCUUUAUUUUUGACCACACUAAACGUAUUCUCGUUUUUGAUUAAGCUCUGACGGGGAAUUCGGAAUCUGUCGGAGGUUUGUAUGAUGGCAAACAACUUAACGGGGCAGCUCUUGGGCUCAGAGAUACAUGGAUUCCAUACAAUGCAGGAGUUGGAUGUUGGAAUCAUUAUGGAGGAAGCAAGACGCAGAUGGCUUCGACCCAAUGAGAUUCAUGCCAUACUCUGCAAUUACAAACAUUUUACCAUCCAUGUCAAGCCAGUGACUUUGCCGAGAAGUGGUACUAUUGUAUUAUUUGACAGGAAGAAGCUUAGGAACUUUCGUAAAGAUGGCCACAAUUGGAAAAAGAAAAAGGAUGGGAAAACUGUUAAAGAAGCUCACGAGCACUUAAAAGUUGGUAAUGAAGAAAGGAUCCAUGUAUACUACGCACAUGGUGAAGAAAACCCACACUUUGUCCGCAGAUGUUAUUGGUUGCUUGAUAAGAGUCUGGAGCAUAUUGUCCUUGUUCAUUAUCGUGAAAUACAUGAGUCACAAGGUUCUCCAGCCACACCUGUAUAUUCAAAUGCUAGUUCUCCCUCUGAUCCAACAACACCAUGGGUAAUACCAGAAGAAUUGGAUUCUGGGAUCGACAAGGCAUGCACUGGUGAGCUGAAUGACAAUUCAACUGUUAAAAGUCACGAACUGAGGCUUCAUGAGAUUAAUACACUUGAAUGGGAUGACCUAGUGGUUACAAAUGAUCUUAACACCUCUACUACUUCCACUCCGACUGAAGGAAAGGUUCCAUUUCUUCAUCAAGAAAAACAAAUUUUACUGAAUGGAAAUUCAAGCAGGGUGGUCAACAAUCAAUCUGCGGAAAUUCAUUCUUUUGAUAUUCUGAACAAUUCAAUUGAUGGGAACAAUAGUGCUCAAUACAAUUUUUCUGAAAGUUUGAAUCUUCAGACAGCCACCAAUCAGUUAAAUUCAAAUGCACAGAGUGGACAUUCUAGCACCAUGGGUGGUGGUGAUUUUGUGGGAAAUAUCAUCAAUGACACUCUGCAAAGCCAGGACAGCUUUGGAAAAUGGAUAAACAAUAUGAUGGCUGAUUCACCAUCUUCUAUUGAUGACUCAGGUCUUGAAUCCUCAGUUUCAUCUGUUCAUGAUUCAUACUCUUCAGGGUUGGAUAAUCAUCAAUCUUCUCUGCCAGAACAAUUAUUUAAUAUCACUGAUGUGUCUCCUGUCUGGGCGUGCUCUGCUGAGAAAACAAAGGUCCUAAUAACGGGAUUUUUUCAUGAUGAUUAUGUGCACCUUGCAAAGUCCAAUCUGUUUUGUAUCUGUGGGGAUGUACCUGUUCCCGCAGAAAUUGUUCAAGUUGGUGUGUACCGAUGCUGGGUGCCACCACAUUCCCCUGGUUUUGUGAAUCUCUAUAUGAGUAUUGAUGGCCACAAGCCCAUAAGUCAAGUUGUUAAUUUUGAGUAUCGUACUACUGUUUUGCAAGACCCUGCAGCUUCCAUGGAAGACAGGCACAACGGGGAGGAGUUUCGACUUCAGAUGAGACUUGCUUAUUUGCUCUUUGCUACACAAAAGAGUCUUGACAUUACCUCUAGUAAAGUAUUACCUGAUGCGCUGAAGGAGGCUAAGAAAUUUGUCUCCAAGACAUCAUAUAUUUCCAAAAGUUGGCAAUACUUGAUUAAGUCUACUGAAGACCGCAAAAUUCCAUUUCCACAAGCAAAAGAUGCCUUGUUUGAAAUUGCAUUGAAGACUAGACUAAAGGAAUGGCUCUUGGAGAGAAUUAUUUUAGGUUGCCAGACUACUGAAGUUGAUGCCCAAGGACAAGGCGUAAUCCAUUUGUGCUCGAUUUUGGGAUAUACAUGGGUCGUUUCAUUAUUUUCAUGGUCUGGUUUUUCAUUGGAUUUCCGUGAUAAAUUUGGGUGGACAGCCCUUCACUGGGCAGCUUAUUAUGGAAGGGAGAAAAUGGUUGCUGCUCUAUUAUCUGCGGGUGCAAGGCCAAACUUGGUCACGGAUCCUACUCCUCAACAUCCUGGUGGAUUUACUGCUGCUGAUCUGGCUCAGGGGAAGGGUUAUAGUGGCUUAGCAGCUUAUCUUUCGGAAAAGUCUCUGGUUGAGCAGUUCAAUGAAAUGAGCAUAGCGGGGAAUAUCAGUGGCUCGCUGGAAACUACCAGCACAAGGGAUCCAGUAAAUUCUGAGAAGCUCAGUGAGGAUCAGCUGUAUAUGAAGGAUACAUUAGCAGCUUAUCGGACUGCUGCUGAGGCUGCAGCACGCAUACAAGCUGCAUUUAGGGAGCACUCACUAAAAUUACGAUCUCAUGCAGUUGAACUUUUCAGUCCAGAGGCUGAAGCACGCCAAAUAGUUGCAGCAAUGAAGAUCCAGCAUGCUUUUCGAAACUUUGAGUCGAGGAAGUCUAUGGCAGCUGCUGCUCACAUCCAGCAUACCUUUCGUACAUGGAAGAUGCGUAGACAAUUUCUCAAUAUGCGUCGCCAAGCAAUCAAAAUUCAGGCUGCUUUCCGGGCCUUCAAGGAGCGACAGAACUACCGCAAAAUUAUCUGGUCUGUUGGAGUGGUUGAGAAAGCAAUCCUGCGGUGGCGUUUAAAGAGACGGGGUUUCCGUGGCCUACAAGUAAAUCCUGUCCAAGAAGCAGCAAGUCAGAAGGAGGAAACAGGGUUUGUUACGGAGGAGGACUUUUUCCGGACUGGCAGGAAACAAGCUGAAGAACGUGUUGAGAGAGCUGUAGUACGUGUUCAAGCUAUGUUCCGCUCUAAGAAAGCGCAAGUAGAUUACAGGAGGAUGAAACUAGCCCAUAAUCAAGCAAAGCUGGAACUAGAAUAUGAAGACCUCCUUAAUUCUGAGGUGGAUAUGGGAGUGCUGGCAUAGGAUGAUACAAAGACAACCCCAGAAAAAAGGCUCAUAUUGUAUGGAUACAACCAACAAAUGAAUAAUCUAUGAAUGGUUGUUGGUGCCUUGGUUGUACAUUUUGUAGAUAUUGUUAAAUCCUAGAGUAGCUUUUCAAAUUUUGGCCCCUUCAAAUUGCUUUAAUAUCUUUGAACGGGUCAUCUUUGGAGCUUUACAAGUCAUAGGGCAAGCAUUACGAAAAUUCUAGUCAGGUCGACAUUUUUUAAGAAAAGAAACCAUCAUGCCCACACUUGAGAGAGAAAUAAAAUAAGAAAAAAAUUAGGAGCGAAAUUUUUUCUCUUUUAAGUAGUAGUGAGAUUCACUGUUAAGAGCGCAGAGUUCCUGAAUUUUGUUAUUGCACUGCAGCCCAAGCGCAUUGCUUAUUCCAUGUUAUUAUUGAGAGAACAGAUAAUUAUGGUAGUACGCUAAACAAAUUUCUUGUGAUCCCAGAGAAAAUUAUUUA